AUACGACUCUAUAGCAAAAUGUGCGCAUGCUGAAGUAGGACACCUUCAAGUGUGAUGCUCGUUAUGGAGGAGAAUCCUAAGUCUUAUGAGCGAGUUGUUUACAAAAACAUCUCGGAGUACCACUACAUGAAGAUCAACCUAGUUUGUGAAAACCGCAGCAAAACCCUGAGUCCAGAACAGUUUAAGCAGUUGAUCAUCUCUGGAGUUAAAGACUUAUACGGAGAGGUUGGAGCUGCUUUACCAUUUGAUUUGCUGACAUUUGAUCAGCACACGUUAUCAGCCAUACUGCGAGUGUAUAACAGGGGUCUGGUGAAAUUGUGGAGUGCGCUAACACUGAUUGGAGCGUACGAAAACAAACCAUGUGCUUUUAGAGUCACACAGGUCUCGCCAUUCUUGUUAGCCUUAUCUGGAAACAGUCGUGACCUGGAGCUGUAUUAGACCGCAUGUGAAAAUGGCCUUCAUUCUCAGAAGAACCCUGUUUGGGAAAAGUGUGCCGCAUGUUCUGAGCACAGCAGUAUUU